AUGACUAACUUGUUGCAUUUGCAGCACUACAUCUACAAGAUGAUUCUUGGCAACAAGAAUAUCCAUGUGCCCAUUCCCAAGGAGUGCGGUCGGGUUAUCGAUCUUGGCUGCGGCCCCGCCACUUGGACCAUGGACAUGGCAACAGACUUGACAUCGGUCAACUUUGUCGGGGUCGACAUUUCACCCAUCUACCCAGCUGCCAUCCACCCCCGAAACUGCGCCUUCUUCCGUGAAUGCAUCGUCUCGGGUCUCACCCAACCCGACGCCUCCUUUGACGUCGCUUACCAACGUAACGUCGCCCCCGGGUUCACAUUUGAACACUGGACCAAGUCAAUUGCAGAGGCUUAUAGGAUCCUCAAGCCUGGUGGAUAUUUUGAGAGUGUGGAGACGGAUGUGAUGGUUCAUGAUGCGGGUCCGAUGACGACUGCGUGUUUUGAGCAUAUGACCAUGUCCAUGGCCUCCCGGGGUGUCGAUCCUUCUGUUGUCCGGUCGUUGGAUAAGCUGAUGAUCGGCGCGGGCUUUGUGGAUGUGAGGGUCGUCGAGUACCGUGUCCCCCUUGGCGAGCACGGUGGAAAGUUGGGUCAUUUGUGGAAACAGAACAUGACGGCGAUUAUGGAGACUGUGAAGCCCCAUUUGGCGAAAGCUGGGAGGAUAGGAGAUACGCAGGUCGGGGAGAUGAUUCGGGAGAUGGGUAGGGAGACGAGAGGUGUGGAUGUGGAGGGCGGGUGGAAGGCUUUCCAGACGGUUUAUGUCACCUAUGGACGGAAGCCUUUGUAA